GGCGCCUCCACGGCCGGUGCGGCAGACACCUGACGGCUGACGCGCCAACGCCUGGCUGGUGCUCCUGCCGCACGGUGGCGAGGCGACUUUCCGCCCCUCCGCCCGCCCGGUCUCGCACGCCACGCGUACGCCGCGAAGGACUCCUCCCCCUCCCCUCCACCGCUCCCCGCUUUAUCCCUCCUCCGCCUACCCCACUAGGCCACUACCGCUCGGCUGCUUCUCACGGGGGAUCCUUCCGAGAACUUGCGGUGCCUGGCGAGCGAUCUCGCCCUGUGGUGUCGCCCGUCCUCGCCGGCGCCGAGAAGCGGGAUCCCGAUUCCCGAGGUGUUUCAGUUACAUAUCUGAUAGAGUCGUCCCCCUUCAGUUAGCAAAAUGUCAUUUCUAUGGAAGUCAGGCAAUGGUGGUACAACGGAGAAAACCUUGACCCUGGAAGAACAGCAAGAGAAAAUAAAUGAGGUACGAAAGCAACUUGAAGAACCCUCGUCCCUAGCAAUACAGGGUUUCCUUUCGGAUGCUUCGAUACUGAGAUUCCUUCGAGCUAGAAACUGGAAUGUGCAGAAAUCGAGUAAAAUGCUGAAAUCAGCUGUGAAGUGGCGGGCAGCAUACAAGCCAGAAAUGAUUUCCUGGGAAGAAAUUGCACAUGAAGCAGAGACUGGAAAGAUAUAUAGGGCUGACUACAAGGACAAACUUGGAAGAACUGUUCUUGUUCUGAGGCCAGGCUUAGAGAAUACUACCUCGGGGAAGGAACAAAUUAAGUAUCUUGUUUACUCUCUGGAGAAAGCGAUUAUGAAUCUGACGAAUGAUCAGGAGAAGAUGGUGUGGAUGAUAGACUUCCAGGGCUGGACCAUGGGAAGCACACCGUUGAAGGUGACCCGGGAGACCGUGAGUGUCUUGCAAGACUGUUAUCCCGAGAGAUUGGGACUUGCAAUCCUAUACAAUCCUCCUAGAUUAUUUGAGUCUUUCUAUAAGAUAGUGAAGCCAUUCUUGGACCAUGAGACUAGCAAGAAGGUGAAGUUUGUGUACUCCAACGAUAAGGAGAGCCAGAAGAUAAUGGCAGAGGUCUUUGACAUGGACAAGCUCGACUCGGCAUUCGGAGGAAGGAAUCUAGCCACCUUUGAAUACAGCAGCUAUGCGGAACAAAUGAAAGAGGAUGACAAGAAGAUGCAAUCUAAUGAUGCGAGCUCUGACGCCUCAAGCGAGGCUUCCUUCUACAGCGGAACAGAUUCCCCGAAGCACGAAGAUGGAGGGCACGGCGCGACGAAGAAGGCCUGCGCCACUUAAACUGCUAAUAGUUGCUCUAUUUGAAAGAUGUGUAGUAAGAAUAUACACAAUCAUCUAGCUAGACCUUUUGCGCCAGUGUUUAUCCUUUUGUCGGUCACAUUUUCGGGUCCAAGACUUGGAAUGUUCUCUGCCCGUGGUAUCAUAGAAGAUCAGGAAGAGAAAGCUUGGGCCAGAACGUGUGAUGCAUUGACAUCUAGUAGCAAGUAACAUAAAUGAGAAAAAUUACGAGGGCUGCCCUGUUGCAGGCGCUUCUAUACGAAAUAAUUUGAUGUUCAGCUCAUGUGUUCCAUGAGCAGACUAACCGAUGCACUUUA